CAACGGUCCAGAUUUCGUUACUCAUCUCACAUAAGUCCCUCGCUCUCUCUCUCUCACAAGUCACACAGGUCAGUUAACAGAGUAUUAGCAGAGAGAAAGAGCCAUGUCCAGAGCUUCUAGACUUCCAUCUCUGCUCCCUCUCCUAACCCUCUUUGUCUCUCUCUCAUCUCUCUCAAACCCAUCAAGAUCAGCCACAGAUAACUUCAUCUUCGGUGGUUGCUCUCAGCUCAGGUUCUCCCCAGGCUCAGCUUACGAGUCCAACCUCAACUCGCUCCUCACUUCACUCGUCAACUCAGCUACCUACUCUGCCUUCAACAAAUUCACCAUCUACGGCUCCAGCUCAGUAGACGUCGUUUACGGCCUUUACCAAUGCCGAGGUGACCUCUCCAUGGCUGACUGUUCCUCCUGUGUCGAUCACGCAGUGAGUCAAAUCGGAAACCUCUGCUCGAGCUGCACGGGCGGCGCGUUACAGGUGCAGGGCUGCUUCGUCAAGUACGACAACACCUCCUUCUUAGGAGUGGAAGACAAGACCGUGGUUUUAAAGAAGUGUGGACCGCCGAUUGGUUAUGACUCGGACCUGUUGAGCCGGAGUGAUUCGGUCUUGAACAGUUUGUCCAAUAAUGGAGGUGGGUUUUUCAGGGUUGGUGGGUCUGGAGUAGUCCAAGGUAUGGCUCAGUGUGUGGGCGAUCUGAGUUCCGGUGACUGUCAGGAUUGUGUGUCGUCAGCAAUCGGACGGCUUAGGAGUGACUGUGGUGCGGCGGCGUACGGUGAUAUGUUCUUGGCUAAGUGUUACGUGAGGUAUUCCACCAGUGGAGAUUAUUCCAAAGCUAGUAGGGAUUCUUCUCAUGGAGAUGAUCCUUCAAAGACUCUUGCGAUUAUCAUUGGAAUUUUGGCUGCAGUUGCUCUGAUCAUUAUUUUUGUUUCUUUCAUUAGCAGAGCCAUGGAAAGACAAGCAGGUGGAGGUAAAUAAUUAUAUAGUGGAAGCUCCGGGAACAGCCCACCACCUCUAACAUUAUCUCCGGGAACUUGCUUUCGGUGGCUCUUUUGCUUCACUUUUGUUCCUUGUUCUCUACUUUUCUUUCUCUUUAUCUUUUGGGAGUUUCUUUAGUGUUUCUUCUAAAAGGAGACUAAGAAAGUGAAGCAAGGAUGAGUGGAGACAGAACCCUUGGUACUAGUGAAAGUUAAGGAGAGGCCUAAGAUUCCACACUCCCAGCCCACUUAACAAAGUUAUAUAUGUCCUGUAACUGUGUCUGGAAAGAAGAUUUCAAAUUCUUUUGUGAAAGUGUAGAUGAUAAUCCCCCAUGUUUGUGUAAUUUGGGUUAUUUAAAGGGCUCCUGGCCUUCAAAAUGUUAUUAUUUGUUUGUUCUUGUAAGAAGGAUUAAGCCUGCUUGUUCUUGAAAUUUUUUCAUUGUCAAUAAUAAUUCAAUCUUAAUCAA